AAAGAACAUCAACUUUUUCCUUUGUCCAAUCUAUAAAAUGGUAAAGAAAAAGCUCCGACUCUCUUGAAACAAUUCCAGAAUGGCUUGUUUUCUCACUUUCAUCACCACCCUUUACUCCUUCUUGAUCAUCUUCUCAACCUCCCUGAACACCAUCAGUGGAGCUUUCAUUGAGGAAUCCUCUGAAGCCAUAGCAAUAAAGCGCGAAGAAAAGAUGAGCCAGAGCCAUCUCCACUUCUUCUUCCAUGACAUCCUCAGUGGCAAACACCCAAGUGCUGUGAGAAUUGCAGGGCCACCAGAAAGCACCUUCGACAAUUUCGGGAACACAAUGAUGAUUGAUGAUGCACUCACCGAAGGGCCCGAGCCCACAUCAAAGCUCGUUGGAAGAGCUCAAGGCUUCUACUCCAUGGCUGCUCAGAACGACGUAGCUUUGCUUAUGGUUAUGAAUUUUGCUUUCGUGGAAGAUAAGUACAAUGGGAGUAGCAUCAGCAUGCUUGGAAGAAAUUCGGUGUUGGAUGACGUGAGAGAAAUGCCGAUUGUUGGAGGUAGCGGGCUUUUCAGAAAUGCUCGCGGCUACGCAAUGGCGCAUACAAAUUUGGUGGAUCCAAACACAGGGGAUGCCAUUGUUGAGUACGAUGUUUAUGUCUCCAAUUUCGAGCUUGGUGCUGGUUUAGCAAUAUAGGAAUAUUAUUUGUCAUGGCAACAUUUCUUUAA